AUGGGAUCGCCAACAGGAAACUUGUUCGACUUCGUGGUGGUCGGUGCUGGCAAUUCUGGUGCUGUAGUCGCUGGUAAUUUGGCCCAUUCGACCGCCAGGCCACGCGUUUUGGUGAUUGAGGCGGGCGGACCGAACACACGAGAUGACUUGUAUGUCCCUUCUGAACGAUUCGCUAAUGUGUACAAGAACGAAGAAAUCAAAAUCGGUUAUCGCACUGUUCCCCAAAACCACAUCCAUGGGCGGAUCCUGGAGUAUGUUCGCGGAAAGGGUUUAGGGGGAUCUAGUGUCGCCAAUUUUAUGGCGUAUAUUCGUGGUUCAGCGUCGGACUAUAAUGUCUGGGGUGACCUUGUUGGUGACGACUUUUUCAAGUGGGAAAAUGCUGUCGAAAGGUUCAAAGAGCUUGAAAACCUUCACUUGGAUGAUGAUGGUGACGAGUUCAUCAAGCUCCGAGAAGGUGUGCAUGGAUUUAACGGGCCCCUGGAUAUCACUCUCCCCUCCAGACGACAAUGGCCCCCCGCCUUGGACAUUUUAAUGAAGGCCGCCCUCGAUUUUGGGUGGCCACUCAAUCCUGACCAAAAUUCUGGCGAUCUUGUAGGCAUUGGAGUGCUCUCGGUUACGAGCUACCAGGGGCGCCGAACCACAAGCGCAUCGGCUUACCUGAGCAACCCCCCAUCGAACCUCGAAAUCUGGACCGAUUCAAAGGUCACGAAAGUUCUCAUGGACGACGCUCAUUCCUCGGGCAAACCUAAAGCGAUCGGCGUGCUUCUUGCUGACGGGAGAGAAGUUAGAGCGUCCAAAGAGGUUAUCUUGUCUCUCGGAACCAUUGAUACCCCCAAGCUGCUCCUUCUCAGUGGGAUUGGACCGCGGUCGGAGUUGCAGGAUUUGGGGCUUGAAUGUAUCAUUGAUAAUGCUCAAGUGGGAAAAGGCCUAACGGACCAUUUGUACGUUGUGACACAGUGGGGGGCCCGUUCACAAUUCGGGGACGAGGUCGGAUUUGAGAAAGACUCAAAAAUGGUCGCGGCGGCUCGAGAGCAGUGGAUGCGAAAUCAUACCGGGCCUGAUGCGACUCGACACUUAACCACGUUAAUUGGAUUUCUCAAAUUGGAUCCACAUCGACAUUCAUUCGACGAGCUGGAAAUCCUCGAUGCCCGGGCAAAGGCGUGGAUCAAACAACCCAACGUCCCUCAAAUCGAAAUCUUCCUCCAGGGUGUCAGUCUUGAGGAAUGGGACAAGAGUCAUGGCGAAGAACCCCUGAUCGCUUGUGUUAUGCUCAUGAAUCCGCAAUCACGAGGCUCGGUGACUCUUGCUUCCAAGGAUCCGGCGGCCGAUCCGGUAAUUGAUGUGAACUUUUUCUCACAUCCCUACGACCGGCAGACUUUGGUCAGUGGAGUGCGAGAAGUCAUGACAUUCGUCCGGUCCAAACAUUUAUCCAAGCACAUCGCGAGUGCGGUCCUUGCUCCAAAGACGGACAGUGAUGAAGACAUACUGGCAUUCUGCAAAGAUACUCUCAUGUCGGUCCUUCAUGGGGUUGGAACAGCCAAGAUGGGACAUAGGGAUGAUCCAAAGGCCUGCGUCGACACUGAUUUCCGCGUAAGAGACGUCGACAAUCUUCGUGUCAUGGAUCUCAGUGUUUGUCCUGUGCUCACAAAUAAUCACACUCAAGCUACAGCGUAUGUAGUCGGGCAGAUGGGUUGGAAGAAACUGGCUGCGGAAUACGGUCUGUGA